AGUACAAUUAAGUCUCAACAUUCAAAACAAUUCCAUUUAUUUCUUGCAAAUUCUUUCAUUUCUUGAUACCUUUGUUGAUUAUUUAAAAAAAAAAAAUUUUUCUUCAACACCAAAGCUCAGAUACGAUGGAGUUCAAUUCCAGCAACGAAACACAAAUGUUGUCGAGGAUGGCAACCGGCGACGGACACGGCGAAAACUCCGCCUAUUUCGAGGGCUGGAAGGCGUACGAGGAUAACCCUUUCGAUUUAUCCAAGAAUCGCCGCGGGGUCAUUCAAAUGGGCUUAGCAGAAAACAGACUUUGCUUUGAUUUGAUUGAAGAAUGGGUAGUGAAGAACCCAAAAGCCUCCAUCUGCACGCCCCAGGGAUCAGAAGACUUCAAGGAAAUCGCUAUUUUUCAGGACUAUCAUGGCUUGCCGGAGUUCAGAAAUGCCGUGGCAAAAUUUAUGGGAAAAGUGAGGGGAGAGAGAGUAACAUUCGACCCGGACCGGAUCGUCAUGAGCGGAGGCGCAACCGGGGCCGUCGAAAUCCUAGCCUUCUGUUUGGCUGAUCCCGGAGAUGCUUUCCUGGUCCCUACCCCAUAUUAUCCAGCAUUUGACAGAGAUUGGGGAUGGAGAACAGGGGCGAAGCUGUACCCAGUGAUCUGCGACAGUUCAAACGACUUCAAGAUCACCAGAGCUGCCUUAGAAGCAGCCUACAACAAAGCUCAAACCGAAAAUAUCAGAGUCAAAGGGGUACUAUUGAACAAUCCUUCCAACCCGCUCGGCACGGUUUUGGACCGCGACACGCUGAGGGACAUCCUUCGUUUCAUCAACGACAAAAACAUCCACAUAGUAUGCGACGAAAUCUACGCCUCCACCGUCUUUUCCCAGCCCGAAUUCGUCAGCAUCGCCGAGAUAAUCCAGGAAGCAGGGGAUAAUAAUAACCGAAACCUCGUCCACAUAGUCUAUAGUCUGUCCAAGGAUAUGGGGUUCCCGGGGUUCCGGGUCGGGAUAGUGUAUUCCUACAACGACGCCGUGGUGCGGUGCGCGCGGAAGAUGUCGAGCUUCGGGCUGGUGUCCACGCAGACGCAGCACCUGAUGGCGGCGAUGCUGUCGGACGAGCGGUUCGUGGACAGGUUCAUCCAGGAGAGCGCCGAGCGGCUCGGCAGGCGCCACGGGGCGUUCACGCGGGGGCUAGCGCAGGUCGGGAUAGGGACGCUGAAGAGCAACGCGGGGCUGUUUUUGUGGAUGGAUUUGAGGAGGCUAUUAAGGGAACCCACGUUCGAGGCCGAGCUAGAGCUGUGGAGGAUCAUAGUCCACGAUGUGAAGCUGAAUGUGUCUCCUGGAUGCUCGUUCCAUUGCGCCGAGCCCGGGUGGUUCCGGGUCUGCUUCGCGAACAUGGACGAUGACACCGUGCGGGUCGCGCUGAAAAGGAUCAGAGCCUUUGUCCUGCAGAGGAAGGGCGGCCACAAGCAGUGCCGUGGGCGGGCGCUGCAGAUCAGCACGUCGUUUAGCAGGAUUAUGUUGGAUGAUUUCUUGAUGUCCCCUCACUCCCCUGCUAGUGCUAAAUCGCCCAUGGUCCAAGCCACCAAUUGAACAAGAAGUCAUGCCCCAAAGGGCAGACCAAGUGGUAAGAGAGUUACACCUGCAGUCGAGAGGUCGUGGGUUCAAACCUCAAGUCCUUGGGUUUGAGUCGAUCAGCUAUGGGUAACUUAGGCUAGUUUACUCACUAUUCACACAGUCAGGAGUGGAGUUUAGUUCGUUAAUCCAAAAAAAAAAAAAACAAGUCAUUAUUUAAAUUUACCGAUUUAAAAGUGUCUCGUAUAGUUAGGGCUUACUCAGAAUAUCUGACUAUCUCUAACUAAAAAAAUUCAUGUUUUUUUUCUUUAGAAGAAUUGAAGUUGCUGGUUUAUAGGAUUUAGGGAAAUGUUUUUUCCAAUUUGGUGCAUGAAAUGUGAAUUGCGCCAAAUGGGAUUAGUAGAAGAUGGAGUCAAGUUUGUAGGUUAAUGUUGUUUGGUUUAAUUUGUUUGUGAGUCUGGGUUUUUUGUUUCGCCCUUCUCUGGUAGGGGAGGGAGAAUCAAGUUGUUUAACCUGUCAUUGGUUAAUUAAUUAUUUUUUAUUUUUCAAUAAAAAAAGUUAUUAAUAUGUUUUGUAUA